UAUUAAUAAAAAAUGAAAAGUGGGAAUCCCUUCUUGUUCUACAUAUUCGUCUUCCUAAACUUCUUGCUGAUGCUGAUAGGAGUAGCAAUAAGUGGAGCUGGAGUCUUCCUUUGGGUAACGACCAGGACAGUCAACAUUUUCUCGAUGUCCUUUAUUGGAGCAGGGGUAUUUGUUUUACUUGUUGCAAUCUGUUCCUUCUGACUCAGAAAUUCUACGUUUAGACUGUCUAUUUACUGACUAAUUUUACUCAUCCUGAGUGGAGUCAUGGUAACAGUACUGAUAGUAUUUCUCACAGAAAGAGAAAGAGUCCUCGACUGGGCUAGUGAGCAUAUUAAGGAUAAAGAAGGUGAAGCAUGGGAAGAAGCCAGACGUCAUAUUGAAAAUAAUAUUGAUAUUGCAAGAUACAUCAUCAUUGCGACAACUAGCGUCACUUUGCUAGUCCUUUUCUUCGGAAUGUUCUACAGAUGUAGCGUCUCAUCCAACAAGUCAGACCAUCACCAAGAUAUGAGAAAUAAGGACAGAUAUCAAAAAGUGUCCAACGAGAUCCAGGAGGCUCAGGCUAGAAAGGAGGAGAAACAAAGACUUUAUGCUGAGAAAUAUGGAAUUAACCCUACUGGUGGAAAUAACAACCAAAUGCUCUAAAUUGAUUUUAACCUUAG